AUCUUUAGUCCUUAAUCGUUGUCUAUUUUUCCUUUUAACCCGAAUUAUAUUUGAGAGAAAACGAUUUGACCUUGCUUCUUCUGAAAUCAAGUUAGGGUUUUCUUUUUCUUUGUUGCCCUAGCAGAAACCGAUUCUCAUCACGAGGAGCCGCCUCUGCUUUAUAGUUGUAUACCGAGCCAUAAAACCUAAGGAAAACAAAAGCUUAAGAGAAACACAUGGAGGAAAAGGGCACUCAAGAUGGCCCAAAACCGUCACAGGAUUCUGGCUUGCACAGACUUUACUUCAAGGGUUUGACAAGGGAGGAAACAAGAGGGCUGGUGGCAGGAUUUGGGGUUGCAAUUUGCGGCCAAGAGGAUAAUAUCUUGUUUCAGAUGAAAGGAUCAAUUCAUGACUCCGCGAUUACGGGUUUGGAGGCUGAGCUUAUGGCAUUGAAACGAGGACUAACCGAAGCCGUGAGUUUGGGGAUCACUCAUAUCUCAAUCUACUGCGAUCAUUAUCACAUUUUUGAACUUGUCACGGGGAGUUCCGGGCCUGAGAAAGAUAGCAUUGCCUUGCUAAUGAAUGAUGUGCAACGCACCAGACAACAACUGACAUCUAGCACCCCUCUUCUGGUGACUGGAGAUCAAACUAAUAAGGUUGCUUAUAAACUUGCAUCGGAAACACUCGUUUCUGAAAUCAGCAUAAGUAUGCCUCCUUGUCAUAAGAAGAACGCUUUUUGCGGUAUCUGUUUCGAUGAUGAUCUCGAAGCUGAACAGAUGUUUUCUGUUGCUUUAUGCGGUCAUAAAUUCUGCUUGGAGUGCCUCAAACUACAUAUACAAGUUGAACUAAUGGAGAGGGUACCGAGAUGUCCUCGUUACGGCUGCAAAUCGAAACUGACUAUUGAAAGCUGUGCCCAUCUUUUGACACCUAAACUAAGAGCCAUGUGGGAACAAAGGAUCGAAGAGACAACUAUAACAGAUUGGGCAAUGUGUGCAAAGUGCCAACAAAUGGCUGGAGUAGCUCAUGGGUUUUGCCAAAUAAGUUGCAGGUAUCAUCUCUAGUCUCAUUAUUCUCUAGCUAGAUAUUACAACUAAUCCUUCUCGAGUUUUAUUAUGUCUUAGCCUCCUAAUUAACAUUGUAAUUUCAU